AGAGGCGGGAGAGUCACUUUCGGAUCCGUGGCCACUGAAUCACCCUCCAGUAGCCCUUUCUCUUGUCUCCUUCUGUUAGAACAUGGUGCGGACUAAAGCAGACAGUGUCCCAAACACCUAUAGAAAAGUGGUGGCUUCCCGUGCUCCCAGGAAGGUGCUUGGUUCCUCCACCUCUGCCAUCAACUCUCCAUCUCCUUCAUCCAGGAAAGCUGAAAACAAGUAUGCAGGAGGGAAUCCAGUUUGUGUACGCCCAAUUCCCAAGUGGCAAAAAGGAAUUGGAGAAUUCUUCAGUAUGUCUCCUAAAGGUUCAGAAAAAGAAAAUCAGAUUCUUGAAGAGGCAGGACCGAGUGGCUUAGGAAAAGCAAAGAAAAAAACAUGUCCUUUGCAACCUGAUCACUCAGAUGAUGAAAAAGAAUAGAACUUUAUUAUUCAUCUUUGAAUAAUGUCUUGUGUUUACUCUGGUAUCCUAGAAGUGUAUGAAGAUGUUUGUCCAACUGGCUUUGUUAAAUAGGCAUUUAAUUUAGAAAAUGAGGCAAAGACUUAAUUGUUAAAAAGUAAUUGUGAAUUGAAGAAUUUGUAAAAUUAUGGCUACUUGUUUAGCUCAUUAUUCAAUUUAAUGCAAUAUGUUGUUUCUUUGACCUAGUAUUAAGCUUCUGUUCUCAUAAAAAAUCAGAUUUCAUCAUCUAA